UUUCCUUAGACUAGAGGAGUAGAAUCAAACGGUCGAUCGUCCGAUGAACCUCUUACUAGUUCAAGGCAUGUCUCUUCCCCUCUAUUUUCUGUUAACACUCUUCUUUUUCUUAUUUGCCACCUCAAAAUCGCGGAGGGGAUCUAGCCAGGGCAGACUACUUCCGCCGGGUCCUCAGACAUUACCCUUGGUCGGAAACAUAUUCCAACUCGGAUGCAAUCCUCACCGUUCACUCGCUGCCUUUUCAAAAACCUAUGGACCUAUAAUGAGUUUGAAGCUUGGAAGGCUAACCGCAGUGGUUAUAUCUUCACCAGAAGCAGCUAAAGAGGCACUUAGAACACACGAUCAUGUCAUGUCCGCUCGAACCUUUAACGACCCGAUUCGAGCUUUUGAUCACCAUAAACAUUCUAUUGUCUGGAUUCCUCCUUCGCCUCGUUGGAGGUUUCUGAAGAAAACAAUAUCGAAAUAUUUGUUAUCACCACAAAACCUAGACGUUAUUCAAUCCUUAAGGACGAGGAAGGUGGAGGAACUAGUGAGCUUAGUAAACCAAUUUUGCGAGAGAGGAGAAGCCAUUGACUUGGCUCGUGCUUCCUUCGUCACAUCUUUCAAUAACAUCUCAAAUGCUCUGUUUUCCGUAGAUUUGGCGAGCUAUGGCUCGAAUUCUUCUUCUUACGAAUUCCACGAGACGGUGGUUCACCUGAUGAAGAUCUCCGGUAAACCCAACGUAGGAGACUAUUUUCAGUAUAUGAGGUUUCUUGAUUUGCAAGGUACUCGAAAAGAAGCGGUGGUCUGCAUCGAAAGAUUGUUUAAGGUUAUCCAAGAAUUCAUCGAUGCUCGGUUGGCCAAAAGAUUGUCUCAGACAGAGACAGAGCAUAAAGAGGCUUCGAGUAUAGAUAUGCUAGACUCCCUUCUGGAUCACACACAGCAAAACGAAGCGGAAUUAAGCAUAAAUGAUAUUAAACACUUGCUUCUCGAUGUGUUUGUUGCGGGCACAGAUACAAACUCUAGUACAAUGGAGUGGGCGAUGACGGAGUUAUUACGAAGCCCGGAGAAGAUGGUCAAAGCUCAGAGUGAGAUACGGCAAGUGAUUGGUGAAAAUGGUGUGGUUCAAGAAUCUGAUAUCCCGAGUCUGCCUUACUUACAAGCAAUUGUGAAAGAGACUCUUCGCUUGCAUCCUCCAGCAGCUUUGAUCCCUAGAAAAUCAGAAUCCGAUGUUCAAAUUUUGGGUUUCUUUAUUCCUGAGGACAGUCAGGUUUUGGUGAACGUAUGGGCAAUAGGACGUGACUCGAAUGUGUGGGAAAAUCCAAUGAAGUUUGAGCCAGAGAGGUUCUUAUUACGAGAAACCGAUGUAAAAGGUAAAGACUUUGAGCUGAUACCAUUUGGAUCAGGACGAAGGAUGUGUCCGGGAAUCUCGAUGUCUCUUAGGACAAUGUAUAUGGUGCUUGCCUCUCUUCUCUAUUCCUUUGACUGGAAGCUUCAAAACGGUGUCGUCCCUGAAAGCAUGGACAUGACCGAGGCCUUCGGUCUUACCUUACACAAGGCCAAACCUCUUUGUGCCGUACCCAUCAAGAAAACUACGACUAUCUGAUUUUCAUAUUUAAAAAAUGCACCAAUAAUUGUUAUUUGUAGAUUCCUUGUGGAGCUAACUCCCCUAUCAAUCGCUUAGAUUGGAACCAACGGUUCCCAAUGUAUAUCAGGCGCAUGGCGUAUGUUUGGAAACACAUUCUCAAAAAAAAAAAACACAAA